UUCUCAACCUUCAAGAAUCAUGGCAUCAGCUUCUACAUUGUUUGUCGUGUUCCCUCUGUUUCUGGGGCUCCUUAUCGGGAGUUCCUCUGCACAGCUGACUACUGGUUUCUAUUGCAAGUCAUGUCCUAGUGUGUUCAAGACCAUCCAAGCGCAGGUUUGGUCAGCUGUGGCCAAGGAAGCGCGAAUGGGUGCAUCAGUUCUGCGUCUGUUCUUUCAUGAUUGCUUUGUAAAUGGAUGUGAUGCAUCCAUUCUAUUGGAUGACACUCCAAACUUCAUAGGAGAGAAGAAUGCAGCAGCUAACAGGAAUUCUGCUAGAGGAUUUGAAGUGAUCGAUGCCAUCAAGACUGCAGUCGAGCAGGCCUGUCCUGGAGUUGUGUCUUGUGCUGAUGUUCUGGCCAUUGCUGCAAGGGACUCUGUUGUGGCUUUUGGAGGACCUAAUUGGGAUGUGAAACUUGGUCGAAGAGAUGCGAGGACGGCGAGCCAGGCUGCUGCAAAUAGUAGCAUCCCUGCACCUACUUUCAAUCUUAGCAGGCUUAUUUCCAGCUUCCAAGCUCAAGGACUCUCUGUUAAGGACUUGGUUGCAUUAUCAGGGGGGCACACCAUCGGUCAAGCACGUUGCACCAGCUUUAGAAGCCGAAUAUACAACGAGACAAAUAUAGACACUUUCUAUGCAACUACAUGGCAAGCCAAUUGCCCCCGGACUUCUGGCUCCGGAGAUAACAAUUUAGCACCCCUUGACAUGAAGACCCCUACUUCCUUCGACAACCACUACUUCAAGAACCUUAUCAACCAGAGAGGCCUUCUCCAUUCUGAUCAGCAGCUCUUCAAUGGCGGCUCCACAGAUGCUCAAGUCAAAGCCUACAGCCAGGAUGCAAAAACCUUCAAAGCAGACUUUGUCGCUGCCAUGAUCAAGAUGGGAGAUAUUAAGCCUCUCACUGGCUCCAAUGGUGAGAUCAGGAAGAACUGCAGGAAGAUCAACUAAGGAAAAUUGGGGACUUUUUCUUCAGUACUGGUUUUAAGCUUUUGUAUAAGAUGGGGGAUGGGAAGAUACGCCGCUAGCGGCUAAGAGUUUUGAUUCUUGGUGUUGCUAGUGAGUUGCACGUGUUAUGUUCCCUUGAUACUCAAAUUACUUUUUUGGAGCAGUAAUUCUUGAGCUUUGUUUUAUUGUGAUCUCCUUGGCUGCAAGGAAUCAAGAG